GGGAAUCGCCCCGGGCCACAAACAAAUGCACAUGUGCUCCAGCAGCUGAUCGGGGGAACUGCGCCGCUGCCCAUGCGCCGUGGCCCGCGAGGCGCGAGGACCCACAACAAAGACGGCUGCGGGUCAGUCGCGAGUGCAGGGUGAGGGAGGUGGCUAGUCAUGCCUUUCCUGUCGCGAGAUUGGCGUUCGCCUGGGGAGGAGUGGGUGAAGACUGAAGAAGGAUGGGAACAAAAGAAAAUAUUGGAAUGCGGAAACUCUCCGCCAAGGUCACUGAAUUCGUCGCUUGAUGAAGAGGACAAAGACAGGUCGACAGACUCACCGUCCAGGUGUUCCUCUGAUGAAGACAAGGAGAAUGCCUGCGUCCGGGGCGGUGGCCAGCCCACCAAGUCGCUUCCCCGUCCCAUCCCGACCCCUGGUCUGGCUCAACGUAAAUCAAAUGAUUCGUCCGGCAUCAACUACUCCCCUCCGCCGCACUGUCAGAUCACCGUCAAACCGUCACGAGAGGUGGGCGGCUACACGGGCUUCAGCGACGUCAUCAAGCGACUCGACUUCAAGUCUGCGCUGCACGACGCGCGUCGCUUCAACUACGUGUGCAAGCUGCUGGAGCUGCUGAUUAACGAGAGUGUGAUGUCGCUCUCCGGUACUGCCCAGAAGGUUGUCUUCUCACUGCUGGAGGAGCUCGCCCAUACCGUGUCACACAACAAGUCGAACCUGCGCGUGCUGAACCAGAUGCUGGAGAACCUGAAGGCGAUGUUGAUGGAGUACUACUGCUUUGGCCAGCAGCUGGGCUCGUCACCGCUCUGGGAGCAGCACCACCAGGCCAUCAGCCGUAUCCGGGCGGUGGCUCAGCAGAUCCGUCUGGACGGCGGGCCGGCGCCGUUCGCCCUACACCGCCUGCCUCCCGAGUGUCUGCGCGAGGUGGUGCUGCGGCUCAACGACCACCGCGACCUGGCCAGCUCGGCACAGGCCUACCGCGUGCUGGCAGAGAUUGCUGAGGAGAGCCGCAUCUGGCGGCAGCUGUGUCAGUACCACUUCAGCGGCGCGCAGAUCCAGGCCCAGCUGGUGGCUACUGGGGUCCGGUCGGCCUCGGCACCGCCCACCGAGCUCACUGCGGCCACUGUCGACUGGCAGGCGCUGUACCACCGCCUGCGGCGCCUGCACGGUCUGCGGGAGGAGUACGCCGAGAUGGUGCACCUGUGCCGCGCGUGCCGCUGUCUCUUCUGGAAGCCGCUCGGCCACCCGUGCUCGGUGAACUUGGCCCGCCUGCCGGCAGACGAGCGCGACCGCUACUGCGUGCCCAUCCCGCCGCUCACCUUCCUCACAUUCUUCUCACUGUGAGCGCCGGAGGUGAGAGCGGAGAGGGGCGAACGGUCGGCUCACAGCGAACGGCGAAACGAGUGACUGAGGAGAUAAGGAAAAUUGAUAAGUAUGGCGGAGAAAGAUGAGAAAUUUGAAACUUUGAUGGUACCGUCCUGAAAAUUUGAGUUUGCUUACCGUCCAAAGACUCUUUCAACCGCGAGCUUGUUGAGUCACCAAACUUUCGGAGCUGGAAGGCGAAACGUCAUCACAAAUUCAUCGAUUCUCCUGAAGUCGAAUAGUUCCAACAUCGCGAGGUUAGUUGCUGUGGAAAGCGGGAGGAGCCUGAGAUAUACUCUGCUGGGCCGGUCGAUGGCUGCCUCACAGGCAGCAACGGGUGAUAGUGACGUCAUCGUUGUCAAAAUGACGUCAUCAGUUGAGAGAAUGGCGUCGUUGGAUGAACCUCCUUGGCGAAGGACGUUUUCCUCGAGAUGUUAUAUUUUACGAGCAUGUGAAGUGGACGGCUGCAUUUUAAUGUUUUAAUGCUGUUUUCUUUCAUAAGGUUUUCAGUGGUAAUGGUUGCAUUUUCUCUGUUCUUGUGAGUUUUGCAUUGCGUUCUUCCUUUUAGCAGAUGCAAGAGUGUUCUUUGAUCCAUGGCGCAGCUACUUAGCUUUCGAUGUGAUCUGAUGUGCAUUUCGUGCGUGCGUUGUAUUCAUCAGCAAUAUUUUAGUCUCGUUUGCAGUUGGUUUGUGUCAGUUGGUGAUCGUUCCGGCUCGGAUUGUGUCACUAGUGUCACAGUGUCAGUGACUGUGCGUUCCGCCGCAGACGAGGCAGGUCGGACACAAGGUACGCGUCCCGACCAGCCCUCAGCAAGCGGGAGGGACUUUUGUCAAGCCAGGAUCGGGAUGUGGUAUGUUUAACGCCGGUAGGCCGGGCAGGCCCUGGCUCAGACUAGAGCCGGCGGACUGCAGUCUCCGCCGCGGGAUCCAGGGGGUCAUGGUGUCCUGCUGUAGGGCGGGGACCGUAGGGAGUCAUUGUGACGUGUCCUCCCUCAACAGCUGGUGCUACGUAGAGAUUCGUCAGGCGUCCCGAGCCGCACUGAAGUCAUAGUCGUAGGGUAGCGCGAAUGUGUUGUUAGUUUUGAACCACUUUCGGUUUUGGUGCACUAAUACGCAAUUCAUUCUUUUUUCAGGUGCAAGUUGAAGUGAAAAUCGUUCAAUACUAACAACGUUGCGCGGUGUUAGCUUUAAGUGCGUACGACGCCUGUCCACACUAGAGAUCUAUAUCGGAAUAUGCAAUAUGCUCUAUUCUUGUCCAGUGUCGUGCAGUCUGGUGAUGCAUAAUGGACUCCAGUGCCGGUGGCAGAGUCCGUAGCGGCCAGCGCUGGCUGCCUCACAGUCACAGUCGGUGUCGAGGGGGCUGGUCGCGCAGUGAUGUCCGCCGCCAGCCGCCCCAGCCCGACCCGUACCGGCUAGUUCGUGUGGUGAUAACGAGUGUUCGCGCGAGGCCGGGCCGAGAAUCUAUUUUUACGCAAUAUAUCUGUCAGAACGUG